CACCAACGGGAGUUGCGUUUCACAAAGCGACAGAGCCGUUACCACAACUGUCGGCCGCCGGCCCCACUUCGCCUCGCCACGCCACGCCGCCGGGCCCGACCGUUACCGCGGCGACGCCGCUUAACCCCUCUCAGAACGGGUGCUUCCGGGUUUAGCAGCGCGCCCCGCCCUCUGAUUGGUGGAGCCGGCGGCGCGUGCGCGCGGGGCAUUACUGGGCGUUACUGGGCGCUGAGGCGGCGGGUCGCGAUGGCUGAGGUAGAAGAAACGCUGAAGCGAAUUCAGAGCCAGAAAGGAGUGCAGGGACUCAUUGUUGUUAAUCCUGGAGGUAUUCCUAUCAGAACCAAUAUGAACAAAACCAAAACCAGUCAGUAUGUUGGCCUACUGCAGGGCUUCGUCAUGAUGGCAAGGAGCAUCGUGCGCGACAUCGAUCCCCAAAAUGACCUCACCUUCCUGCGGAUCCGCUCCAAGAAAAAUGAAAUCAUGGUUGCUCCAGAAAAUGACUACCUCUUGAUUGUCAUCCAGAGUAGAAAGGAAUGAUUCCACUCACUGGAUCUGCUUUUUUCCCUUUGCCCUACUUUCUUUUUUUUAAUUUAAUGCUAAAGUGUAGAGCUCUGGUAUUAACUCUGUUGUGCCACUUCUGUGAUGUUUUGGAGGAACCAAAGCAGGUGUUCUUGUUGUCUGUAUGCUUUUGACACAUAGAAAAAAUGGCUUCUUUUGGGAUCACUCGUCAUUUUGAGAAGGAAAUGGUGAAUUAGAACCUGGUGACCUUGGCAGUGAAAAAAAGUAAAAUAAAAAUGCAACAGAUGCUUUUAAUAGUUGACAACAUAACACAGAAAACCCUAGUAACAUUCUACAAGAUUAUUCUCUGUACAUUUCCAUGAUCCUGUCGCCAUUAGUAGAGUUGAGCUCUUACACUGUUACUUUUGAAUGACUAAAUAUGAAACCUUCCUGUCCUGUUGUUCUCUCUUAUUUUAUGUUACUUGAAAAAGUCUGGUCAUAUUAAAUUUAAAAAGUGUCAUCA